GUUGAGAGUGAUUAUUUCUAUUCUGGAGAGAACGAAGUGGCAUACAAUUACUGCGUCCAAGGGACUAAGUUUAUAAUCUGAGGAUCAAGGCAUGUGGUCCAUCUUCAAGGAUGGAUCGUAGAGUAUCAGCAUUGCCUUCCCUCUCCUAUUGAUUUCCCAUAUCUUACGUACUCAACAUUCUCGGGCCAGAAGGAAGACUAUUCCUCAGACUCUUCCUACAGACCAACAAUGAUUCUGAAUUUUCUCAAUCUCCCCAUCUCUCGGGUUUCCCACGUCCGUGCCCCAUCGAACCAUCUCUACCUCCAACCCAUUCUUACAAUCCAUACAGUGGAUCACGAAAAGCAUCAGCCUCCUUACCGCCCAAAGACCCUUCAUACAUUUUCAUGCAUUAAAAUCCACAAUCCAUACAAAAACUGCACACCAGCGUCAUCGCCACUUACCCGAAGUUUACGCCGUCCAAAAAGUGGGAUACGAAGUGGGCCUGCCCAAGAUCCCUUAGGGUGGACUUCAUUUCCGAGUCCGAGUGCGAGGAUAUAUACUUGCCCUUUCCCCAAACUGUCUCUUCUUGAAAGCUUUUUCUCCCACGAUAUCUUCUUCAUUCGUCACAACCUAUACAUCAAUCGCUAGCAACCGCGGCGAUGGCAGAAGAAAAACCAAGAGUUUCGACCGAAAGUCACACGGGAACACAUCCCGAUGUCCAUGUCAUUGAUUUUGCUACCAUUGGCAAAGCCUCCAAUAGGCCAGAGUUGGAGCGGAAGCGC